AUGGAAAUUGAGGAUCCCGCCGCUAGAGACCCGCCGACUGCGGAAGAGCUGGAGUUGGCUCGCCUGAACGCCGAGUAUGAGAAGACCCAGGACAUACGACAAUACCUGAGGCAAUGGCAAGCAACUGUUCCUCAGAUCCUGGAUUCGGUUCAAGACCCAGGGCUUAACACUCCUGUCAACGUUCUUUCUGGCACCAUGAACGGCCGUAACUCCGAGGAAGGCUACCGAACUUCUCAAUUAAUGGAGCAAACCGAUCUUGACGUAUCGGAGGAAUUUGAGGGUGACCAUCUGGAACCUGGUGAUAUGCUUUGCUUGAUGAAGGGAGAUGGCACAUCUUCCUUGGCCAUAUACGUGCAGUCUGUCAACAGACAGAGGCAAUUCUAUACCGAUCGUGGAUUGUGGCGUAUUUGCCCUGCCGGUGAAUUGGAUUAUGUCGUGAAGGGAUUUGCUCCCCUUGAGUUGCUUGAGCCUCUUAAAACGUAUCUACCAACUGAACUCGUUCGUCCCAUUUCCGACCUCCAACUUGUUGCGGAGGGUGGCAUCCCGAGACCAAUCGGGGCGCCACUCCUGGAAAUGAUGGGCAAUUUCUCUGAUCAUGUGGCGGAUUUCACAUUGGAGAACGCCCAACGUUUGGACAAAAUAUACGAAAUUGUGGCCGAUGACCAGGAAUUCCAACGACUGACCCUUGAUGAAUUGACGACGAGGGCUUUGGACAUCGAUGAAACGGAACUGACAGCCGUCAAUCUCUACGCCGUUCAUCAAGCGGUACGCAAUCACCCUUUUCUCAUGGAAAAGGACUCAACCUCCUUGUUCUGCAGCCUGUACAUGGUGGAGCCGAAAAGAAUCGCCAGAAUUGUUGGGACAGUCACGACAUGGGUCCACGAACACCAAAACAUUCUGAUUGAGGAGCUCGCAUCAUCUAAGACCGCAUCUAAGUUUGGUCAUCCGCUGCAGUUGUUCAUCCAAAAGGCACAGCGACUUAUUCGCUCGAGCCGAAAACUUCGUUCGCCAACAAUCAUGUCUAGCGUGGGACCCACAACUCAGCAAUUUGAGCCCGGCGAGGAUGGCAAGCCGAUGCUGUACCGUGAAGUCUUAACAGAAAAAUUUACGGACAAUGAUCGCAUCAUUCUAGAGUACUUGCAAUUGUUUGCGAUUCCAUCGGUGAUUAUGCCGUCGGGGACCUUGCGAUCUGCAGCAUCGCACAUUAUGCGCGCAACGGGCAUGUACAAUACCCUCGGCCUCAGUGAGGCAUCAAGCCGCCUCUUCCUGCAGGAGAUUGGUGUCAUUUCUCCGUGGGAGAACCUCGGCCUUCUCGAUCAGAGUCUGCUCCUUCCGGGUCACGGCAUGUCCCUUUUUGAGGAUAUGAGAUGGGAAGAGAUCGAGGAGACUUGCCAGAAUCUUUCUCUCACAGACUCGAUGCAAAGCCUUCGGAAGGACUGGGGUGGUUUGCCAGUCUACUGUAUAGACGAUGUUCAUGCUCAAGAAAUUGACGAUGGCGUUUCUUUGGAACGGAUCUCCGGCUCGAAUGACACUUUCUGGAUUCGCAUCCAUGUCGCUAAUCCAACAGCUUUCCUGCGCCACGACGACCCUAUCAUGGAGUAUGCGGGCUCUCGGUGGUUCACCACCUAUGCUCCAGAGCGUACCUACCCCAUCUUCCCGAGCUCUUUUACACAAAAAAACUUCAGUCUGUCAGCUGGCCGGCCGACCUUGACAUUCAGCGCGAAAAUGAACCUACAAGGCGAGAUUCUCGACACCGAAGUGACAAACGGAAUUGUCCGUAAUGUGAUCAAUAUUACACACAACAAACUACGUGAGCUCUUCAAACCUGACGGAAAGGAGUCACAAAAAUCAUUACAAGUCGGCGGUACUCCCAUCGAACAGCCUCUAGCUGCCGAUCGAGUCAUACGCGAUACCCUUACACCAGAAGAUCAAGACACUUUCUCGACUCUUCGCAACCUAAUGCUAGGCUUCCGGACCCAGCGCCAGAAGAACGGCGCGAUGGAUAUGCAACGCUUAAAACCCAACCCGUCCGUUUCCGUCCAAAUGGGCACAAUUCCUGCAAAGCCAUAUGAGAUGCAGAUCACAGCGGGCAAGACCUUCAUCGGUGACCCUAGGAUUCAACUUCGUAUUCAAAACUUUGACUCCCACGAAGUCCCGGACGAAUCUAAAGAAAAUCUCGUCUCUCUACUCAUGAAUCUAGCUGGCCACAUCGCGGGUCAAUUCUGCGCUACUCGCAAUAUCCCUGCUGUCUUCGAUGGAACUUGGUAUGACCCGGAAUACAGACGUGUUACACGCGACAACAUCGCUGAGUUCGGCGGCAAGAAAUUCUUCCAGUACGCCAUGCCAAAGGCUCUGUCCAAGUCUAGUCCCGUCAAGCACCAUUUCCUGGGCAUAGAUGCAUAUGUCAAGAGCACGAGUCCGUUACGUCGUUUCACCGAUGUGAUUUCCCAUUACCAAAUCGAGGCGGCUUUGCGUUUUGAGCAUGAGAACGGUCGCCAGUUUAAUGCUGCCAUCGACUUGCCAGAUGAGCCCGAGCUUUCAGCCGAACUUGAAGAUGAAUCUGAACUUGUGCAGUCAGAGUCGCAAGCCGAACCAGCCGCUCGAAAACAAUCUUCUCAGCCACUCCCUUACACGCAAACCGAUUUGGACAACAUCAUCCACUUCGCUCAGCCCUUAAAAACACGUCUCAAUGAAAUCUCCUCCUUCUCACACCAACACUGGGCCUGCAUGCUCCUCUUCCGCGCCUUCUACUUCGCCGAAUGCGAACUCCCACCUUCAUUCCCUGUCGUCUUGCGCACGCCGCGACUUACCAGGCUCACGCCUGACGACGGCCUUGUCUACUCGGGCUUCAUCACAAAUUUGGGUGUUAGAUGUACGGUCACCAUUCCGGAUCAUUGUCCGGGUCGAGAAGAAAUGGACGUCUUCGGUGUGGUUGAGGCUACUCUUUUGGCAGUUGACAUGGCGAGACUGGAGGUGAAGAUGGAGGCGACUAAGUUAAUCAGUCCUUUCGAAAGAAGGGGCGAGUGGGCUUAG